AUGUAUAUAUAUAUUUCAGAAGAAAACUCUAAACCAACCAACAAUCGUCUUGGAGGACCCCAGGUCUUUUUACCUUCUGCCUUGCCAGCCCAUCAGUGGCCCUCCCUCCCUCAUCUCGUCCUGCCUGUGCAUGAAUGUUUUCAAUGGGAGCAUGAGCGCAGGUGCGCUGCGCCCAAAGAGUCUGGUGGUGCGGCUGGGAUUCAGAACUGUGUGCAUGCGCGAGCGCGGGCGUCAACAUGCACAGGCCCGGAUGAGUUCUCCCUUUUCUAUCAGUUGCGGGAGGCAGGGGGCGGGCAGCGUCGCCGCAAAAAUUAG